GCGGUUUAUUUGCCGCACUGAUUUUAGUCGCAUUUGUAAAGUGAACGAGCGAAGAAGUCUUGUGAAAUCUUAAUAAUAACAACAAAAUGGUUAAGAAAAUAAUUAUUUUGGCAUUGAUAGUUUCCUGCUUGGCAUUGGCUUUGGCAGCUGGCGACUGUCCUUCAGCUUCGAAGGUCUUGAAUUGUACACCUAAGUGCUUGCAUGACAGUGAAUGCAGUUCCGUUGGCGGUAAAUGCUGUCCUAAUUUAUGCAAUGCACGCUCCUGCGUACAACCCAAUUUACUAGGCAAUUCUGGCGGCAACACCUCACCUUUCAACAAAAACUCUGCCGCUUCUGGUUCCUAUUGCGGCAAUGUAAAGUGCAGCACUUUUGAAAAAUGUGAAAUGGAUCGUUCGACUAAACGUCCAAAAUGUGUGCGUACUUGAAAACAAUGUAAAAUGAAUUUGUAAAAUUCAUUAAAAUAACAAAACACGAAUUUAGAGAAUUUAAUAUGUAAAGUAAAUGUUUCUAAUAUAAUUACAAUAAAAAUAAAAAAUUAAAAAAAAUUAUUCAACACUCACAACUGGCACAGCAAAUGCUACACUCAAAAGACUCAAGACCAAGACGUAUUUGAACAUUUUGACUAUAUAUAUUUUUUUUUUUUUCAAUAAAAAUACUAUUAUAUAUCACUAA